AUGUAUGGCACACCAUUGAUUUCUAUGAAGCAAGGUACCAAAUUACAAACAAUAAGAGUAGAGGAUCUCAGAGUGGAUACAGGAUACGAAGAACGUAAGCUUUACUCUAGAAAACUCUACGCUUUAGUUCUCUCGUAUUGUACUCUUCCAAACCCCAAGCAGAGCCACUUUGCCAAUAUUCUAGUGACUGAUUUUACCGAGUCCUUGGAUGUUUACAAGAAUCUGACAUAUGCCAACCGUUUUAUGAUCAAAAAUGGCCAAGAACAGCUUGGUUCAACCAAAAUUUUCACCAUAGAUAUAAGAAGGACGGAUCUAGAGACAUUUUUGGCACAGGCCUCUAAAGCCUUCAGGGAGCAGUUUCCCGAACCGGAAGUCAAUCCCUAUGAUGCAAUUUAUGACCAGAGGAUUAUUGUGGAAGCGUCUGGUUUUGUGUCUCGGUAUCGAGACAUAAUUGAAUUGAAGAGAGCCAGCGUUAGUCUUUUAGACCGAAGCUAUUUAGUCAAUCACACUGAUAAUGUCUAUCUCACCGGAUUCCUUGAAAGGCUGAAUUUUCAAUUGGGGGGUAAGAAUGAUCCCAGCGGAUUACUAGAGAAGAGAUAUGAUCUUACGAGUAUUCUAAAAGGUGAGACUAAGCAUGCUUUAGUGGGGGAGAAAGGUCAAAGAGAUGGUUCAGUAGAGUAUAUCGACAGUACUGAAAUAGUUAAGAAGCUACUUCAAAAGGGAGUAGGACUGGCAGGUGGAAAGAGAUCACUUUCACAAGCUCUGGAAGAGGACAGAUUAGAGGAAGUGCAGAAAGUUACUCCCAAGAAGUUGAAUUUGGGUAGCAGCGGAGCAGAAAUUACAGGCAGAACUCCAGGCACCCCAGGCACCCCGGGCAGUGACCUUGGUCGUCUUGAUAGCACCCCCAGUAGAAUACCUAGUACUCCUAUACCCUUCUCUGUUAAAAGAGAAGAAUCGGUCCAGCCUUCUCCUCUAGGUUGGCAGGCACCUACACCAAUUGUUAUUGAAGAUGCCGAUUAUUAUACAAUGGCAUCAACCAGUCCAAAGGCCGUGGAUACAGAUCUAGAAAGGAUUAUCGAGACUUCUUCACUUAAAGGCUAUUAUAAGGUAUCAGACGUCAAGAUAAUGGGAUAUUUACCCAACGAGAACGAAUCUGUCGUAAUUAUAGAUGCAGAUAAUCGUCUAAUGAUAAACGAUACCUUGGAAUUGGUGCUUGCACCGAAUAGAAAAGGAACUGUCGUUGGUGAUAAGUCCGGUAACCUCCUCUGCAGUAAGUAUCUUCGAGUGGGCUUUGCGGACGAACAAACGGCACUCAGAUUUUUUGAAAUCAAUCGCCAACACCUCACUGAAUCAGCUAUCCAAUCAAAGUUGAAACUCCUCAUCGGCAGAGUCUGCACAGUGUCUUUGACCAAUAUAGAAAAUACGGGAGCUGUAAACGAUCACAUGGGAAUCAAUCACGUGAUAUGGGUACUUUCCAAGCCCUCGACUAUACGCGAGCUUCUUGAGAAUCACUAG